UCGCUAACCGUUUAUUUGGCGGAAAAGUCAAAAAUUUUACUUGAAAUUUUGACAUAUUUGAUGAAGUUGUGAUGUUUAUGAACUGAUGGAUGAGUACAAAUGACACGGGGCAUACCUGGCACCAUUUUCAUAGAAUAGAAAUGGCAACGAGUCGAUCGUUCACUGAUGCCGACAACCACCGUACAUCAUCUCCAUUUCUUCAAGAUUUAGAAGCAACAGAAGAGCUACGCCAAUUGAGACUAAAGAUUGGACGUUUGCAAAACGAGAAUCAGGCAGAAACUGAUUCAAAUAAUGAGUUGAGAAAGCGAGUGUCUAAUCUCGAGAAUGAGAAGCUAAAUAUCACAGCAAACUCAAAUGUAGAGCUGAAUCAGCAGCAGACUCAGUUGGCUAAACUUCGUGCUCAGGUAGAGAAGAGUGAAGCGUUGAGGCAGCAGCUGGACUAUGAGGUCGUUGUGGCCAAGAGGGGAAUAUCACAAGAGAAGAACAAUGCAGCGGAACGAGAAGAAAGCCUCAAUGCAAUUAUUGAAAAACAAAGAGACAAGAUCAAUGAGCUGACCUCCAAGGCUGAAGACCUUCAGUCUGGACUGCAGAGUCAGCGACGAUUUGGUGAGCAAGCAGAGAUUAGGCAUCAGGGCUUACUAGAAGCCAAGGAGAAGGAACUGCAAAUGGUGAUUGCUGGACGAGAUGUCAUCCAAGCUGAGAAAGAUCAACUUCAACAAGUAUUCAACGAACAAGAGAACAUCUAUGCAGAUACAAGAGAGAAGUUAAGUGAGUUACAAUCAGAGAGAGAUACACAGACAAACACAGUCAGGCAGCAGCUUAGAGAUCUUCAGUAUGUUGCAGAGAGGGAAGACAGACUCAAGAAAGAAGUUGAGGUGGCCAUUAGUAGAAUAAAGACUCUUGAGGAAACAGUGGAGGCUGAGAGAGCUGCUCAUCUAGAGUCUAAAUUCAACUCGGAGCUUGUCCAGCUAAGAGUAAGAGAUCUGCAAGGUGCUCUGGAGGUAAAGCAAUCAGCUCACUCAGAAGUAGAACAUAAUGUGGAGAUUAUGACGAAGCAGUUGAGGGAUCUUGAAUCAGGACUUGAGGAAGAAACAAAAUCUGCGAGUAAUUACAAGCAGCAAGUCAACAGUCUGAGCAGAGAGAAUGAAUUGAUCAAGCAACAAUUGAGCGCUGAGAUUGACAGCAAGAGGACGAUUAUCUCAAACCUCUCCACCCAGCUAGAGAUUCAUCAGAAAAACUUUGAUGAACUCAAAGAGGAACUUGCCAAGGCCAAGAAACGUCAGCUGUACAUGGAAGACACCUAUGGGGGCAGCAUGAGAGAAUUGGAAUUACUCCUUCAUAACUUCCAAAUCAAUGGAGAGACCAACACGACCAAGAAGGGGAGGAGUAAGAAAACAGCAACUCAGAAGGACGAGAAGUUGUCACCGAUGCUGGUAUUAGAGACGUUGCGUCACACAUUGAAAGAUUACCAGAACAGAGUGGAUAGUACCUCACAGGAGCUUUCCAGAAUGAAGUCUAGAUGUGAGAAGAUGACGAGUGAAUGUGAGACGUAUAAAGAGGUGACGUGGACAAGAAGCAAGACAGCCCAGGAUCUUCAGAAGAAGUUUGCUACUAGCUGUAAGGAGUUAGAACAGCUUCGUCAUCAGCUGAGUGAGAGUCAGUCUCAAGUAACGACUCUUAGGAUGGAGGUCCAGAGAGCAGCCCAUGAGGAAGAGACAGAGAAGUCUCGUACGGCUGAGAUGAUGGAGGAGUUUGGGAGACGGGUUAAGGAGAACCAAGAUGAAGAAGAGAAACGGCGGAUUUACCUCCAUAGUUUAUAUCAACGUAUCAUGGCUGGGCGUGUUGUCUUAGAUCCCAAGGAACCAAUAAUUAGUAGCUUCACAUGGGAGGAACUUAGCAUUGCUGUUCAGGACCAGGUGGUUGGCUUGAUGACUGGGCUCAACCGGGCUAAUGAAAGGGUAUCUCAUUUUGAGACAGUGAUACAUAACAAGGAUGAGCUUCUUAGAGAGGUACAACACUCCCACGAGGAGAGCUUGGAGAGACUUGCAGACGCACAACGAGAACGAGACAGGGAAUGGCAGAGGCAGAGAUCGGAGCUAGAGCAACAGUUCAGUCAACAACUUGCAGAUCUACAAGUCAAAUCACAGAAAACUCAAACACUUGCCGACCAGGCCUGGGAGAAGGCUCGUUUGACUGGGACAGUGAAGCAAGGUCUUGAAGCAGAAUGUGCUGAGCUUCAAGCCAAACUCUCUAAGGCUCAGCAUGAGCGCUCAUCUCUCAUCUUGGCCUGCUCACUUCUUGCCGGUUCUCUCCUACCGAUGUUCUCAAGAGUCAACCAGCUUGCUGCUCAGAGGAGCUCGUUAGAGGGUCAAGUUAAUCAACUGGAGGCGAUGAGACAGCAAGCAGCCGAGCUAGCUACAACACUGUCAAUGGAGGUGGAAGACCUCAAGAAAGAACCAGGGAACCGUAAAACAAACCUUAGAAACCCUGUCAUGUUGUUUAGAAAAGCAGCCAUUGCAGUAAUGGCAGCCAACAGAUUGAGUCAUUUAGGUCAUUGUAGCUGUCGUCUCUUCACUGCAGUGGAUAACCCAUCUGGUAUUCAUGCUAUUCCUGUAUGUCUUGGUGAUCCCAAACCAUCUCAGAGACAGUUUGUCGGUUUGAGCUCAACUCAAGACAAUCAGAACCACAGAAGCUAUACUGAGAGAAAUUUAUCAAAAUGGUUUUCUGGCAAGUUGCUACUCUCUGCCGUUGUAGAUUCCUGUGCAGAGCUGCAGGAGGUACUAGAUCCGUCCGUCCACUCUCAACCUCACGUCAUCACCAAUUCCGCCAGGUCUUGCUUCGUCAAACUCAUCUCCAAGUUGACUCCCAUCUUCCAGACAUCUCCCCUUCAGCCUUCUAGAAGUUCCUACGGGAGCCGAGAUAAAGGGAUGUUAAUUAGACUCCUUGGGUAUGGUUUAAGUCAAGGAAUCGCACACUCAAGCAUAGAUGGAAAGAACACCUUGGUAUCAUCACAGCAGAUAAUGGGCUGCUUACAGCGCAACAUCAUCUGUUUUACUCAGCGUCUUCAAACUGCUGAGAUAGAGAGAAGGUCCCUGAGGGUGGAGGCAGCUAAGCUCAGACAAGAAAACAACCAGCUACGACUGGAGACUGACCGAACUCAGGGCAUGGAGAGUGAGAUCACACAACUCAGAGACAAUAGCCAACACAUGAUCAAGAAAGAGAAAUUUGACAGUAUCUGCCAAGAAUUGAGUAAAGCCUUGUCACGGGAACAGCAAGCUCAAGAGUUACUGAAUGAGCAGAGCAGUCAGCUUGAGGAGCUUGGAAUGAGGUUGAAUCUUUACACCACGGAAGAAAUAGAGAAAGAUGCAACCAUCACAGAGGCAGUCAAGGGUUUGUCUGAAGCCAAGAUGGAGUUACGACGUAAGGAUCAAUCCAUCCGUCAACUCAGCAAACAGUUAUCACAUCUUGAAGAAGAGAAACGAUCUCUCAAGGAUGGUGUUCAAGACGUUCAAGAUGUUUUGCGCUCCACUCACAAAGAGAAAGACAAACUAGCUGCUUAUUUACAAUCCAUCCAAGCGGCUGUAGAAGAGACUAAGAGGCAGCUGAUUGGUCGAUCAGACAACAGAACGAUCGAUGCAGCACUUAGACAGGUGUUAAUCCAACCGGAGAGGCAUGGUGUUGAAGGCAUUGGUGCAGAGGUCAUUGCAAUCAAGAAUCUCAUUGCGUCAUUUGUGGAUGCAGUGCAGACUUCAUUGUCUCGUCUUACGGCCCUCGAGACAGAAAUUACAUCUCAUAAACAGCACAUCAUCACUUUGAAGGAGGAACUCACCGCAGCCUGCAGGAGGGAGUAUCCAGAUGAAGAGAUUGCAGAGAGAGAUUCAAACUUCAUAAGAACCCCUGUUGAUUUGUCCCGAUUGCCAGAGAGAACCUUUGGGAGGCUGCAACCUUUAUAUGAGACAGGCAGGAGCUACAACGAGGAAUUUGUACCUCUCAGGGAAGAACCAGAUUUCAGCAUUAUGUCACAAGAGGGCGCUAGUAGAAUGAAAACAAGCAUGUACACACCUACUAGCACACCACUAGCUACCAGCACCCAGAGAAAGUCACCCAGUAAAGCCAGGAAUUAUAAUCACCCUUGAUUAACCCAUGAUCUAUGUGGUCUACCUGGUCUACCUAAGAAGCAGAUACUGAAGCUUCAAAGAGUUCAACACCAGCAGCUCGUCUGGAAGUUUGUGCUAAGAAGUCUGAUCGCCAAAAAACCAAUCCUUAAGAGCCUGCACUGGCUACCUGUAGAAUCCAUGAGCUCAGUUUAAGAACUUGCUGCUUGUGUUCCAUUGCCUGACGUUGCCUGAAAGACAGACCUAGAAUUACCUACAGACCAUGGCCUCUGCUGCCCUGGUCCUGGCAUUAGAAGUUCCCUUUGCACAAUGAAAAUGGCCUUGCCCUCUCUAAGAUGAAAUUCCUGGCCUGUAACAAAGCUGCUACUUUUACCUGGGGGGGGGGGGGAAUAUUCCAUACAAUUGGUGGUGCCAGGGUUAAAACCACAAUUUGUUUCUUUAACAGUCACAUCUUGAAACAGUUUAACUCUUUGUUUAAACAAAUUUUGCAAAUUUAAACACUCUCUGCCACUUAAGCCCAUCAUGUGCUUCUUUGAGCAGUUACUAAAUGCAUGCCACAUUUCGCAACUAUUGAGUAUGCGCUUACUCUCUUAUGCAACUGCAGAAUUCCUGACUCAGCAGGGUCAUUAAAUUGGGUCAUGAUAUAUACUUUCAGUUACUGCAUGAAUCUAAUGUAUUGCUAAGUUGCAAAAAUAGUUAAUGGCCUGAUGUUUCGGAGCAGAAUAAACACUUUCUCUCUCUU